AAGCUCUGAAAGGGGCGUGUGCGCGCGCCGUGACUGUACGGUCCUGUCAUGACGCAUACGCCAAAAUUAUGCUUUAUAACUUACUGUCUAGUCACCAGUAACUCAUGAAAACCUUCGCACAUUAACCAAUAUGUCGGACGAUGAGCUACCGUCUACUUCUCGGGGGGCGCACGCGGAGGCAGAAGAGGAAGACCCACCAUUUCUCCUGGACCCUCCUCCUAAAGCAGCUGUGAAGGAGAGCUUGGCUGACCCUGAGUAUGAGGAAAAAAGAAAAACAGACCGUGCAAACAGGUUUGAGUUCCUGCUGAAGCAGACAGAGCUGUUCGCUCAUUUCAUUCAGCCUGCCAGUCAGAAAUCCCCCACCUCACCUCUGAAGGUGAAGGUGGGGAGACCCCGAAUCAAACAGGAUGAGAAACAGAACCUGCUGUCUGUCGGAGAUAACCGCCAUCGUCGAACAGAGCAGGAGGAGGAUGAGGAACUCUUAUCCGAGAGCAGGAAGGCAGCUAAUGUUCUUGUUCGUUUUGAGGAGUCACCCUCAUAUGUUAAGAAUGGAGCUUUGAGAGAUUAUCAAAUCCGAGGCCUGAACUGGAUGAUUUCUCUGUAUGAGAACGGCAUCAAUGGCAUCCUGGCUGAUGAGAUGGGUCUGGGUAAGACCCUGCAGACAAUCGCGUUGCUAGGCUACCUUAAGCACUAUAGGAACAUUCCUGGCCCCCACAUGGUCCUAGUGCCCAAAUCUACCCUGCAUAACUGGAUGAAUGAAUUCAAACGCUGGGUGCCCACCCUGAAGGCCGUCUGUCUCAUCGGGAAUAAAGAUGAAAGAGCAGCGUUCAUACGUGAUGUGAUGAUGCCCGGUGAAUGGGAUGUGUGCGUGACAUCAUACGAGAUGGUGAUUCGGGAGAAAUCUGUCUUUAAGAAGUUUAACUGGCGCUAUCUGGUUAUCGAUGAGGCCCAUCGCAUCAAAAACGAGAAAUCAAAGUUGUCAGAGAUUGUGCGUGAGUUUAAGACGACCAAUCGUCUGUUGUUGACUGGUACCCCACUGCAGAAUAAUCUACAUGAGCUCUGGUCGCUUUUGAACUUUCUACUGCCUGAUGUGUUCAACUCUGCCAGUGAUUUUGAUUCGUGGUUUGACACAAAUAACUGUCUGGGUGACCAGAAGCUGGUUGAAAGACUUCAUGCAGUUCUGCGUCCAUUCCUGCUGCGUCGUAUUAAAGCGGAGGUUGAGAAGAGUCUUCCUCCCAAGAAAGAGGUGAAGAUUUACCUGGGGCUCAGUAAAAUGCAAAGAGAAUGGUACACACGUAUCCUGAUGAAGGAUAUUGACAUCCUGAACUCUGCCGGAAAGAUGGAUAAGAUGCGGCUUUUGAAUAUUCUGAUGCAGCUGCGGAAAUGCUGCAACCAUCCAUACCUGUUUGACGGGGCGGAGCCUGGUCCCCCAUACACCACGGACACACACUUAGUCACCAACAGCGGCAAGAUGGUUGUGCUGGAUAAACUUCUGCCUAAAGUGCAAGAGCAAGGAUCCAGAGUGUUAAUAUUUAGCCAGAUGACACGUGUGUUGGAUAUUCUGGAAGAUUAUUGCAUGUGGAGAGGGUUUGAGUACUGCAGAUUGGAUGGCAAUACACCUCACGAGGCCAGAGAGCAAGCCAUAGAUGCUUUUAAUGCCCCAAACAGCAGUAAAUUUAUCUUCAUGCUGAGCACACGGGCAGGUGGGCUGGGGAUUAAUUUGGCUACAGCUGACGUGGUGAUUCUCUACGACUCAGACUGGAACCCACAGGUGGACCUGCAGGCCAUGGACCGUGCUCACCGUAUUGGACAGAGGAAACCAGUAAAAGUGUUCAGGUUGAUCACAGACAACACAGUGGAGGAGAGAAUUGUGGAGAGAGCAGAGAUGAAACUACGUCUGGACUCUAUAGUGAUUCAGCAGGGACGGCUGAUUGACCAGCAGAAUAAACUUGGGAAGGACGAAAUGCUACAAAUGAUUCGACAUGGAGCAACACACGUGUUCGCCUCUAAAGACAGUGAACUAACAGAUGAAGACAUCAACACCAUUCUGGAAAGAGGCGCCAAGAAGACGGCAGAGAUGAACGAACGCUUGAAGAACCUCGGUGAGAGCUCGCUGAGGAACUUCACCAUGGACACCGGUUGCACUGAGACCAGCCUUUACAACUUCGAGGGAGAGGAUUACAGAGAGAAACAAAAACUAAGUUUGAUCGAAUGGAUCGAGCCUCCUAAGAGAGAACGGAAGGCCAAUUAUGCUGUAGAUGCUUACUUCAGAGAAGCACUGCGAGUCAGCGAACCAAGAGCCCCAAAGGCCCCUCGACCCCCAAAGCAGCCCAACAUCCAGGACUUUCAGUUCUUUCCACCACGUCUCUUUGAGCUGCUGGAGAUGGAGAUUCUUUACUACAGGAAAACCAUCGGAUACAAGGUUCCACGUAAUCCAGAUAUCUCAAAUUCGGCACAGGUCCAAAAGGAGGAACAAGCAAAGAUAGACGAGGCAGAACCCCUCUCACCUGAAGAGACAGACGAAAAAGAGAAACUACUCACACAAGGCUUCACAAACUGGAACAAGCGUGAUUUCAAUCAGUUUAUUAAAGCUAAUGAGAAGUAUGGUCGUGAUGAUAUUGACAACAUCGCCAGAGAGGUCGAGGGCAAGACGCCGGAAGAAGUCAUGGAGUACUCUGCGGUGUUUUGGGAACGCUGUAAUGAGCUGCAGGAUAUUGAGAAGAUCAUGGCUCAGAUAGAGCGAGGAGAAGCUCGCAUCCAGAGACGCAUCAGCAUCAAAAAAGCCCUGGAUGCCAAGAUAGCGCGGUACAAGGCUCCGUUCCACCAGCUUCGCAUCCAGUAUGGCACAAACAAAGGAAAGAACUAUACAGAGGAGGAAGACAGGUUUCUGAUUUGCAUGUUGCAUAAGAUGGGCUUCGAUAAAGAAUAUGUCUAUGAAGAACUUCGACAGUGUGUACGGAACGCUCCACAGUUCAGAUUCGACUGGUUCAUCAAGUCCAGGACUGCCAUGGAGCUGCAGCGGCGCUGUAACACGCUCAUUUCUCUCAUUGAGAAAGAGAACAUGGAGAUAGAGGAAAAGGAGCGCGCUGAAAAAAAGAGAAGAACACCCAAAGGACAAUCAGCUCACAAGCGUAAAGCCGAAGUGUCGUCUGACAGGAAAGAGAAGAAAUCUCGUACCUGACUCGUGUACCCGCAGCUCUUUGCUCCUCAUUACGAAGCACUACAAUAAUCAGACGCCUCUCUACAGCAUUUUGCCGUUCUGUUUUAAUCUGUUAUAUCUGUGACUCAACACAAGUUUCUUAAAAUAACCAUGUAAAUUUUAGCAAAACGAAGCUUUUUUGGGACAUCUAAAAUACUUCCAUACCAUAUUGAAUUUUGUCCCACAGGCUGCAUACAUGUUGGCAGCUACACGUUUUGCUAAAGCUUGUUUUUAUAAAAAAAAAAAAAAAAAAAAAAUAAAUCAAAAUGUUCCUUGUUCAUAUCAACAUUGGCAUUUAUUUAGCAUGCUAAAUAGAGGCUCUAAAGCCUGUUCUGGUCUUGUUUGUGUUUUAUAAAUGAAAAUCUUUUUGCCUGUUAUUGUAUGUUUAAGGUCUCUGUGAUCUGCACCUUAAUCCAUGUGAUCUGUAGCUUUGCACAUCCAGUCUUCUUAAGCUCUUUUAUACAUUCAUGUGCCAUUUUAAUGUUGCAUUUAAGCUAUUUUACACAUUCUUGUUUGGACUCUUGUUUGAAUUUUUCCUUAUCUUUAUAUGUACAAGUCCAGUAUUAUUAAAAAAAAAAAUAGUUGGA